AUGAAGUCGUUUGUGAGAAGCCCAGGCCACAGAGAGCAGGGAAGGCUGUCGACAGGGAUUUAUGGACUAGAUGCAAUACUUGGGGAAUGCCUCACAAGAGGAACAUCCAUUCUCCUACUAGAAGACGAAAACUCUCGGGUUCACUCGACAAUACUGAAGGUUUUUCUUUCAGAAGGCAUUGAUGGUCAAGAAAGCACGAUGGCAGUGAUGAAGGAAAGCGGAGAUGUGGAGGUGUAUGGCACAGGAUCAUCUACGGAACAAGAAAACGAAGGCAGGAUGGUGAUAGCCUGGAGAUACUCGAAGCUGUCUCUUGGAAAACCUGCCUUCAAGUUCAAUCUUUCAAGAAAAAAGAGGUUUGAAGGAAUUCUACUUUCUGGAGAGAAGGCAACACUUGAAAGCAUCCUAAGCAUGGCAAGGGAAGAGAAGGAGCUAAGGAUGGCGGUGUUCUCGCUUGGGUCGCCUGUCUGGAAGCUUUCAGGAUGUGGGGAGAAAGAGAUAAUAGCGUUUCUUUUUGAGCUUAGAAGGCUUGCCAGGGCCAAUGGCCACAUAUGCAUGGUUUCCAUUCCUGGGUUUAUGAUGCCAGGCACAAACCUCAGCCUGUAUUUCGACAUAGUUGCCGAGUUUGAUUCAAACAUAUUCAGCCGCUUCUGCCCAAAUUACAACGGGGUUUUAGAGUUCAAGAAGAUUGGAGGGCAUGGAUGCCUUCGGGUCAACACUCUCGAAAGCCUGAAGUAUGGGGUGAAGAUCAAGAAGGGGGAUGUCUGUGUGGAGAAGAUCGACAUGCCGCCCGAGGAUGUUAAGCCACCAGGCGGUUCGUGUGGACAGGACAAGGCCUUCUAG